AUGAGAUCCCCGCAGUCGACGCGUUGCCCGUGCCUCUCCGGCAAGCACUACAAGGUGUGUUGUCGCCAGGUUCACAAGGAUUUGACCGCAGCUGACACGCCUGAAAAGAUGGCGAGAGCAAGGUUUUCUGCUCUUGCCAUGAAGAAAUACGACUUUUUGAUAGACACGACCCACUCGACGCACGUGGACUUUCAGGAGGAUAGACAAGCGUGGAAGAAGCAGAUUGUGCGCAACAAUCGGGGAUUUCGGUACAUUGGCUUGAAUGUGACAGCGUCCGAGCAGCGCGAGGAGGACCUUUAUGCCGUGACCAUAGAAGCUGCUGCAGAGCCUGAGAAGGUUUCCGAUGUUCCCAAGGUGCUUCUUCUCCAAGAAUGCUCCCUCUACCGGCGUGAAGGGGAGACCUGGAAGUACGUGGCAGCGGAGGGCUUGAAAAGGGAGGUCGUGGAAGGGGCCGGAUCCGCCCAGCAACUCGCUGGCCUUCCGGGCGGCUGA